GUGGUAAUGAUGGACGGCCUGGCGAACCAGGAAAACCAGGCGACAUAGGAGAGGCAAUUAUUGGUCCUGUCGGUCCGAAAGGUGACACUGGUGAACCUGGUCUUCGUGGUUUGGAGGGCAGACGAGGGAGAGCGGGACCCCGUGGAGCUCCCGGUGAAACCCCACAGAAGGGAAAUAAAGGUGAAGUAGGUACUACUGGAGAAAAGGGAGAGAGAGGUGCAAGAGGGUUUACUGGUGGAGAAGGUCCUCCUGGUCCCCCUGGUUUGCCUGGAAGACCAGGUAUUCCGGGAGAAACUGUUACCUCAAAUAGGAUAGAGCCACUUCCGAUUGGUCCACAAGGUUCUGAAGGUCCAGAGGGUCCGCCAGGCAAAACAGGUCCCAAGGGCCAGAAAGGUGAAAGGGGUACAUUAGGAAGGAAGGGACUGAAGGGUGACAAGGGUGAAACUGGAGGACAAGGUCUUUCUGGUUCCGAUGGUAUACAGGGGCCAGAAGGUGAAGCUGGACGAACUGGUUCUAAAGGAGACAAAGGAUCUCGCGGUCAAGAUGGACGGCGAGGUCAGCGCGGCGCACCGGGUAGCCAAGGUCCGACGGGACGAACUGGAGAUCCUGGUAAAACUGGAAGUAAAGGAGAUUCUGGUGCAAGGGGCCCACCUGGACCGCCUGGUAAUCCUGGAUUAGGAUCAGCGAAGGGACAACUGGGUCCUCCUGGACUACCAGGACCUCGUGGUCCACCUGGCGUUAAAGGGGACAAGGGUCUAGCUGG